CCUCAGGGACCAUGUAUGUGGCCGGUUGCAGGGAGUAAGGGAGGGCGAGACCCUGAGAGGCCCAUGGUACCCCCAAAGACUUGGCUCUGUGCACUCCUGCUGGCGCUGUUGGGGUUUGCGCUGGGCUGGGCCGGGCCACGCUCCUGCAGCAUCCCCGACGUGCUUCACCACUAUCGUGCUGUCAUCUUUGAGGACCUACAGGCCGCCAUGAGGCAGGUCGAGCCAGAGGCCCGAAAGACAGGGCUAGGCUCCAGACCCCACCGUUUCAUUCAGAAAAACCCGAUUGGGGCUAGCGGAGGGCGGGGACAUCCUGAGGUCUCCUGCAGUGGUCAGGAGGAGCACAGUAUCCUACUGUCCAUUAAGUCUCUGGGUCGGACUCUGCGUGGGGCAGUAGCAGGGGGCCGCCGUGGAGCCCUGGAGAAAGCCGUGUGGACCGUGGCCGUUCGUACGGAAGCAGUGAUGCGCCGCCACUGCUGGACGCUGCGCCAGGAGGGAGCCAUGGACCUGCUGCGGGAGCUGAAGGCCAUGCCUAUCACGCUGCACCUGCUCCAGUCCACCCGUGUUGGGAUGUCUGUCAACUCCCUGCGGAAGCAGAGCUCGGACGAGGAGGUCAUUGCACUGGCCAAGUCUCUCAUCAAGUCCUGGAAGAAGCUCCUGGAUGUUUCUGAUGCUAAAACCAGGGAUCGAGGGAGGGACACAUCUCUACCCACAUCGUCCACAAAGAAUGCCUCAGAGGUCAUGGACCCCAGCCGGAAGAGGCUGGACCUGCCCAGGAUGUCAUCCACUCCAAGGAUCACCACAUUCCCUCCGGUGCCCGUUACUUGUGACGCUGUACGCAACAAGUGCCGUGAGAUGCUAACCACCGCCCUGCAAACAGACCAUGACCAUGUGGCAGUCAGUGCAGACUGUGAGCGUCUAUCGGCUCAGAUCGAGGAGUGCAUCUUCCUGGAUGUGGGAAACACAGACAUGAAGUACAAGAAUCGUGUGAGGAGCCGUAUCUCCAACCUGAAAGAUGCCAAGAACCCAGUGCUUCGGAGGAAUGUGCUAUGUGGUGCCAUAACACCCCAGCAGAUUGCGGUGAUGACAUCGGAGGAGAUGGCGAGUGAUGAGCUGAAGGAGAUCCGUAAGGCCAUGACCAAGGAGGCCAUCCGGGAGCACCAGAUGGCCCGCACGGGUGGCACACAGACUGACUUGUUCACCUGUGGCAAGUGCAGAAAGAAGAACUGCACCUACACGCAGGUGCAGACUCGUAGCUCUGAUGAGCCCAUGACCACCUUUGUUGUCUGCAAUGAGUGUGGAAACCGCUGGAAGGCACACCAAGAUGAAGACAGCUACCAAUAUUUACAUCUUUAAUCUGGCUCUGGCAGAUACCCUGGUCCUGCUCAC